GUGUAAUUUCUGCAACACCACGAGAACAGUAUAAUAGCCAACUGUCAGUAUUUAUAUAACAAGCUGAGUUUGCGGUCUGCGUAGAAUACCUUUACACAGUACAGUUAACUUCAGUUGGUUACCGUUCCUCCGCAGUUGAUCGUAUAAUUAUGGCCAAGAGUAUAACUUUGCUAUGGUGCGUUGGGUCUCCUCCGUGCUGGCGAGUGAUGCUCGCGCUGGAGGAGAAAAAUCUGCAAGGCUACAAUCAGAAACUGCUAUCUUUUGAGAAAGGAGAACACAAAUCCAAGGAAGUUAUGGAUCUCAAUCCAAGAGGACAGGUACCUACUUUCAAACAUGGGGACAUCAUAGUGAAUGAAUCCUAUGCAGCAUGCAUGUAUCUGGAGAGUCAGUUCAAGUCCCAGGGGACCAAGUUAAUUCCUGAUGGACCAGCGGAACAGGGAUUAGUGUUCCAGCGCAUGUUCGAAGGACUUUCUAUCUACCAGAGAACAGGAGAUGUCAUCUGGUAUGAAUAUUACAUCCCUGAGGCUGAGAGAAUGGACAUAACAAUAAAGAGAAACAUGGCUGCGCUUGCCACUGAAAUCAAACUGUGGGAAGGUUACCUGCAGAAGAUGGAGCCAGGAUCCUACCUGGCUGGAAAAUCAUUUUCAAUGGCUGAUGUUGUUGUUUUUCCAACCAUUGCCUUCCUCUUCCGAUCUGGGCUGAGUGCUGACCGAUACCCCAGGCUGGGUCAGUACUAUGAAUUGAUGAAGCACAGACCCAGUGCUAAAGCUACCUGGCCCCAAGACUGGGUGGAAACUCCAGGAGACAACACCCUCAAGGACUUGUGAAAAACAGGCCUAUACACAGAUGUACUCAUUAUGGAGUUUUGAAAAAUGGUCACACAAAUAAUAAUAGGACUCAAGCUUGUUAAUUUUCCAAAAGUACAUAGUUUUAUCGGUUAUUGUUUGGCUAAACUAAUGUUCUCUGUAAUUGUUCAUAAUAAAAUGUAGUCGUCAUUAA